UCUACGGAACUGUAUUCUUUAUACAGGAAGCGCGCUGUCCGCAGAAACGAAAUAAAGCCGAUCGGCGCAGCUGAGCGAUCCACUAUUUUUACUGCGCAACAAACUCGAGAGCUCGACUUUUCCGGAGGCUGUGUUGACGAGAAGACGCGAAAAUGUCGAUAACGGUGAAAGCCUACCUUCUUGGCAAGGAGGAUAGUCAUAAGGAGAUCCGUCGUUUUGCUAUCGAUCAGGACGUCUCUACAAGUUACGAAUAUUUGAGCAGGAAAGUUGCUGAUGUUUUCACCAACCUCCGCAAUGUGGCCUUUCAAAUGUACUACAAAGAUGAGGACGGUGAUAUGAUUGCAUUCUCCUCUGAUGAUGAGCUGAUUAUGGGCCUCACCAUGGUUAAGGAUGACACCUUCCGUCUCUUCGUCAAGGAGAAAAGGGAGCAUAAGCGUGACUUCCCUGUGCACGGGUUUCCAGGGUUUCAGUUCCCACCACCCCCUGGACCUCCACACAUGGGCCCUCCUGGACCCCCUCAUAUGGGACCCCCAGGUCCCCACCACAUGGGGCCACCUCCUCACCACCCUCCUGUGGUGCACCCUGGCGUGACCUGUGACGGGUGUGACAGCCAGGUUGCCGGGACACGGUUUAAGUGCACGACCUGUCCCGAUUAUGACCUGUGUAGCACCUGCCAAGCCAAGGGCCUACACAAGGAGCAUGUUCUUCUGCCCAUCUUCCACCCCAUGGCCAACCUGUUUGAGUGGUUCCCUCGUGGGAAGUUUUGGCGUAAGAUGAGGCACUGCAUGUGGCCUGCAGCCCAGGCUCAUGCUCAUGCUCAGGCUCAGGCCCAGGCCCAGAACCAGGCCCAAACCCAGGCUCAGAAUCAGAACCAGGACCAGCCAGGUCCAUCUGGAACCCAGCAAGACCAGAGUAGUGCCUCUGCUCAGGCGAAUGUGGAGUAUCUGAAGAACAUUGGGGAGGGUGUGGCUGCCAUGCUUAGCCCUCUGGGAAUCGAUGUGGAUAUUGACGUUGAGCAUGAGGGCAGAAGGACCAAAGUGACCCCCACACCACCUGGUUCUGACGGACCUCCCAGUGAACGAAGCGACAGUGGGUCAGGAGGGGCAGAUGGAUUGGUCUCCAGAGGGACUGAAAUGGGUCCAGAGAGCCAGAGCAGCACAGGCAGUACCAGUAAUGGAGCAAAGGGUAAACGGGACCUGAGCAGUGAUGACGAGUGGACUCACCUUAGCCCUAAAGAGGUGGACCCAUCCACAGGUGAGCUGCAGUCUGUUAGGAUGGAGGAGGACCUGAUGGAGGAGGUUCUAGAUGAUCAUCCUGCCCCACUCAGCACUGCCUCCAGCUCCACCCGGGGCCCAACUGGCCUGCGUGAGGCAGCACUUUACCCACAUCUGCCCCAAGAUGCAGACCCUCGGCUGGUCGAGACCCUGUCUCAGAUGCUCUCCAUGGGCUUCACAGACGAGGGUGGCUGGCUAACCAGACUCAUCCAGACCAAGAACUACGACAUCGGAGCAGCUCUGGACACCAUCCAGUACUCCAAACGCUCGGGCCAAAACAAGUAGAGGAACAGUCCUGCCUCUCCAGAGAGGACCAAGGCCUUAUCUACUGCACAAUAAUCAAUGGCCUUUUGUUCAGUACUAUAGCAACCUGACCAACUCUGCCUUUUCUCAACAUGUAAUCAUUU